AUGGCAUGGGAGCCUAGACAUACCUUUUACGCGGUAAACGCCGUCUGGCUGUUCGCCAUCGCCAUAUAUUGGCCCUUCGACUGUCACGAUAUGGUCCCCGACGAAGCACAGAUCCUGCGCUGGAGAAGAUACCCCAGAGAGAGGCCCGUCCCAUGCCCGUCGCUCAUCCUACAAGUGCUACUAGUUACGGGAGGUUUCAUCUACAUGGCCCCGCUCAUAUGGCUCUGCUUGACGUUUCACCAAGAGGAUUUGAAGAAGCUAUCGAUCGCUGCCGGGAUUGUAGUUUCGACCCUUGUCGAUCUCAUCUCAUCCCACCCUUUCAUCACAGCAAUCGGAAUUGCUGCCUUCUUCGCUCUGCUCACCCUUCAUAUCAACACUACCUACAUUACCGGGUCGAUCUUU